UUGGGGUCGCUGGGCAGCGUUUCGCUGUGGCUGGGACCUUUCCCCCAUUUAGGAAGAAGCUGUGGGGAAGCCUCACAUAGCCGGAAGGUUUAGAAGGCGCUCUGGUUUCAGCAGCGUGAUUUCAUAGGAAAUUUAACCCUUGCGAUGAUCUGAGGGGGCUUUUCCAGGGGAGCUGAGCUUUCAGUGUAAGGGAGAGUGCUGAGGAGACUUUUGGGGCUCUCUGCCCAGGUGAUUUCAGCAUUUCCUUGGCUUCAAGUUUGUUGGCUUGUGCCGUGGCUUAGGAGGUGUUUGUAGGAGCUAGGCAGAAGGUAGAUACGCAGAUCAGGUUGAGGUGCAUUCGUGGCGUGAUGGCAGUGCCUCCCACAGCACAGGGAACAGAGGGAUAGUGCCUGUGCCUGGGCAAGAGCAAUGUGGGCUCGAGCUUGAUGGGUAGGGACAGUUCUGCUGAGCAGCAGCGCCCAGAAGCAUGGCCUGCAGCCCUCAUCACUGCUGUAUAAGUGAAGCAGUGGGUGCUGCCAUGCAAAAACCCUGCGCAAAGCUUCUGCUGCUCAAGUCCAAAGGAAAUGCUUUUGCCAGUUUGCCCCAAAUUAGCGCGUGGCACUGGUGGUGUUACAUGGAGAGACAAUUAGCAAGGAAGAGCCAUUUUGGGUAGGAUUCAAAUUGGUCAAACCCUGGGCUGAACUCAAUUGCCGAGGACUGAUCUUGAAUUUGUGGCUGUCUUUCAGGUUGCAAAGAGUAAGUCAGUGCUGCAGCAGCGUUGAUGUGCCUCAUUAUGCCUGACCAUGCCAAUGUCAGCCUCCCGCCAGAGGAGCGUGUCCGAAGCCUGAUCCAGAUGGGGAGCGCUGUUGAAGUGAAUGAGGAUGUCCCACCGCGACGCUACUACCGCUCUGGCGUGGAAAUCCUCCGCAUGGCGACGAUUUACUCAGAGGAGGGAAAUAUUGAGCAUGCCUUCAUUUUGUACAAUAAGUACAUCACGCUCUUCAUUGAGAAGCUGCCAAGGCAUCGUGAUUACAAAACCGCUGUCAUACCUGAAAAGAAGGAAACAGUGAAAAAACUGAAAGAAGUAGCCUUCCCCAGAGCUGAAGAGCUCAAGAAGGAGCUGUUAAAGAGGUACGCCAAGGACUAUGCUAAGUACAACGAGCAGAAGAAAGAGGAGGAAGAGGAAUUUGCACGCAACUUGGCUUUGCAGCAGCAACUGGAAGAGGAGAGAAAUCGUGUAGCCCUGAUGAAGCAGCAGCAGGCAGAGCAAGAGCAGUUUCAUGUCUUUGAGGAGAUGAUUCGACGGCAGGAGCUGGAGAAGGAACGUCUGAGGAUAGUGCAGGAAUAUGGAAAGCCAGAGCCAAGUCCAGAGUCUCUGGAUGGACCCCUCAUCCCUGACAUGGAAAAGCCCCCAACUGAUUUAAUCCCAAAGGUUCCUGCCUCUCCAGUUCACCCUGCAAGUCCAUCAGUGGAGAUUGUCUCACCCAAACCUCCUGUUGUGGACAGAUCUUUGAAACCUAGUGCUUUGGGGAACACAGAAAACAUUGCAAGCAUGGAUGCCCUUCGCCAGGUCAUUGUCCCUCGGGAGCUGUGCCAGAAAUUCCUCCAGCUGGCUGAUACCAACACAGUCCGAGGAGUGGAGACAUGUGGGAUCCUCUGCGGUAAGCUGAUGAGGAAUGAGUUCACGAUAACCCACGUCAUCAUUCCCAAGCAGUAUGGAGGCCCUGAUUAUUGCAACACAGAGAAUGAGGAGGAACUUUUCCUGAUCCAGGACCAGCAUGGCCUCGUUACACUUGGCUGGAUCCAUACUCACCCCACGCAAACAGCUUUCCUCUCCAGUGUGGACCUGCACACACACUGCUCCUAUCAGAUGAUGUUGCCGGAGUCCAUUGCUAUUGUGUGUUCUCCAAAAUACCAGGAGACAGGGUUUUUCAAGCUGACAGAGCAUGGCCUGGAGGAGAUCUCUUCCUGCCGGCAGAAAGGAUUCCACCCGCACUCCAAAGACCCUCCUCUCUUCACUACCUGCAAUCACGUGUCAGUAGUCGAGAGAGAUGUGGUACUGAUGGAUCUCCGAUAGGCCUCUUGCCUUAACCGUUUACUGUAAAACCAUCUUACCUUCCUUCUAUGCCUAGGGAAGUUUUUCUUUCCUCCUGUAGCAGAUGAUUUCUACUGUGUAAUGACCCCCCUUCCUUCCUGAGUAGUCACAGUGAAAUCAGUUCCCUGACCUCAGUGGGAGCAUGUGAAAUCUUGUUGCCUGGUGUUGGACUGGUGAAGUGGUGUUGAGGUUCAAGGUGUAGGGAAAAGCUAACUGGAAAUUCAGACAGAAGCUAACACUGAAGCAAUUGCUUAAUCUGUGGCUUGACCAGCAUCUUGGGGGGUUCCCUGUGAAUUGCUGCAACCUUGAGGUGUGAAAUCACUUCAAGUGCUUUCUGAAGUGGGACUUGCCCAAAUUAACCCAUACUUCGCUUUGCCUCUCUUUCUGGGUUGAUAAAUUGUGGCCUGAGUGUGGCUGGUUGGGAGUAGAUGAAUCUUUGCUGUAGUUUAAAAUCAAACCUUCCUAACACCUCUCACCCCAGUCAAGAGCCCAUCCUUGCUGACCAGUCUUCUGAGCUAGAACAUGUCCUGCUUGCUGGUGCUGCAAGGUUUCUGCCCAGUGAAGCAAGAAGGGGCCCAACCAUUGUGCUUUCCCCUUCCUUUGGGAAACACCUAUUUCGGUGUUUUCGGGGAGAACGUACCUGGAUGCAGCACUGCUUAGUUCUAGCAAUGUUGAGGAGUGAGUGUCUCCUUACUUUAUUCCUUUUCCUGUAUGGAGCAUUCGCUCCAGCUGUUGCACUGGGCUGCCCGGUGGGGGCUUGGGUUUGGCUUGUGCUGGCAAUCCAGUGGAGGAGGUUCUCCCAUCUCUUGGCUGCGCUGUUGGUGGACUCCACGACUGAUACACACCCCAGGACUCAGCUGCUUGCCCAGGCUUGUGGACAGGUUGUGCUCCUUCAGUCCUCAAACACUACCACUCCCAACUGCCUCUUCAGUUCUCAAAGUCUCUCCUUGCCAAAACAAGUGCUCCGUGACAUCACUGUUAUGCAGUACCCCAGCUGGGGACCUUCUCUGAAUUACUCAUAUCAGAUGACAAGCAAUGAUUUUGCUUCCCUUUGCUGUCUGUGCCGAGCUUCCACCCUCACUUAUGCUGGUUUUGAAAGGGAAAAAGUAGUAUUGAAAGGUGGAAAGUUAUCUUGCCUCAGAGGACUGAGCAUGAUGUACAGCCUUUCCACAUUCUUUGGCAGGAUGCUCUGAUGAUCAGCACGUGUCCAUGUGAGUAAGGGAAGAAAAGCAGGAGCUGCCUUUCCACCUGGGAUACGUACAUACAUGUUAUAUAGGUCGUGUCCAUGUACUUCUAAAUACAAAAUGGCAAACAAAAUUUGUUGGUGUACAGCUUAAUACAGAGGGAUUGUAUUAUCUCC